UUAACUUUUAAGAACCCACUUCAACUUGUGCUGUUUCAUGGACAAGAGCUUAGGUUGUUAUUAGACACCAAGACAUCAUGAAGAUUUCAAGUUUCAAGAAACUGGCUGUGGGAUUUGCACUUGGAAAUGAAGGAUAGGCAACGGUGGAGAGCUGAAGAGGAUGCUUUACUACGUGCUUAUGUCAAACAAUAUGGUCCUAGGGAAUGGAAUCUCGUGUCUCAGCGCAUGAACACAACUCUUAACAGGGAUGCCAAGUCAUGCUUAGAAAGGUGGAAGAACUAUCUCAAGCCGGGUAUUAAGAAAGGAUCUCUUACUGAGGAAGAGCAGCGCCUUGUCAUCAACCUUCAAGCAAAACAUGGGAACAAAUGGAAGAAGAUUGCUGCCGAAGUUCCCGGUCGCACCGCUAAGAGGUUAGGGAAGUGGUGGGAAGUGUUCAAGGAGAAGCAGCAAAGAGAAACAAAAGGGAUUAACAGAACUGUUGACCCAAUUAACGAUAGCAAGUACGAGCAUAUAUUGGAGAGUUUCGCGGAGAAACUAGUGAAAGAGCACCCUUCACCAUCAUCAUUUGUUAUGGCUGCUUCUAACAGUUCUUUUCUGCAUACUGAUGCACCAGCUUUGCUUCCUUCUUGGCUUUCCAAUUCUAACAGCACUGCACCUGUUAGGCCACCUUCCCCUUCCGUGACGCUAAGUCUUUCUCCCUCGACGGUGGCAGCACCUCCUCCAUGGUUGCAACCUGUAAGAGGACCCGAUAAUGCCCCUCUUGUUUUGGGGAAUGUAACACCUCAUGGGUCUGUUCUAGCUUUUGGUGAAAACAUGGUCAUGUCUGAGUUGGUGGAGUGCUGUAAAGAGUUAGAAGAAGUACAUCAUGCUUUGGCAGCGCAUAAGAAGGAAGCCGCUUGGCGUUUAAGCCGGGUGGAGUUGCAGUUGGAGUCUGAGAAGGCGUGCCGAAGAAGGGAGAAGAUGGAAGAAAUUGAAGCAAAGAUUAAAGCUCUCAGGGAGGAGCAAACAGCUGCUUUGGAUAGAAUUGAAGCAGAAUAUAGGGAACAGUUGGCAGGGUUGAGAAGAGAUGCAGAAACCAAGGAGCAUAAGUUGGCUGAGCAAUGGGCUGCAAAGCAUUUGCGACUUACUAAGUUUCUAGAACAGGUAGGAUGCAGAUCAAGGCUUUCUGAGCCAAAUGGAAGAUAGAUAUGUCAUUUAGAAUUGGGGUCUAGUUUGCUUUUGUGUCUUGAAUUCUAUCCAGUUUAUGGUCAUGGUAGUUUUGUUCUUGUGCUUAUUCUAAAAAAUGUUAUUACAUAUGUCUAUUACUUUCCUAUCUAUUCAUACAGUUUGAGGACUUUGCAUUUUGCGGUUGAUGUACUUGCAUGGUUAUCACAUCCAUCUUUAUGAAUAUG